GUGAAGCCCACUGUGGCAGAGUGUUUUCAGCACGGUGGCGUUAUUCAUACAGCGAAGGAAUACAUUACACAAGACAACAUGAGGAACCUGCUGCCAGGCAAAAUGUUUCUGCUUUUGCUGUUUCUCUCUUAUCUGCACACGGCCCUAGGAGAAAAUUCUUCUAUAAGUAUGCGGCAGGUGAGGUCUGUGAACGGUGUCAAUCAACCAGCCUCCCGCAACAGCAGCAUGAACGCGUCCUCCAUCCUCUCUAGAGCAGCUCUGCGUCUUUCAGUAAUUCAGACGCCGGCCGCUCUGAAAGUGGUGGAAGGUUCUACACUGCAUAUGGAAUGUUCAUUCCAAGGAAACGUUACAUUUUGGUCUAUUCAGUGGUUUAAGGAUGGAAACAAGAUUGCAUUAACUAACAAAGACCUGAUGACAAUAAUGACAAAUGCAACCUUACGAUCUAGUAAUUUGAGUCUGAGCAAGACUGUGGUAGCAGAUUCUGGAUUCUAUACAUGUAAAGUUUCUGUUCACAAAGUUGGUGAUUUUUGCAGUAAUGGAACACAACUAACUGUUGAUGAGAUUAAAGAUUUGAUGGUGAAUCAGACUCCAGAACACAUCAGCAAACCAGAAGGGGCAAAUCUCACCCUUGAGUGUCGAUUCCGGAUAGUCAAUGAUCCCAAUGCCACAGAUGUGAGAUGGUACCGAAAUGGAACAGAGCUGACAAGCUCGAGAGACUCACUCAGAAUAGAGGUGAAUCGGGAAAGAGGCUUUGCUUCUCUCACACUAAAGAAGGCUGCUGUGAGCGAUUCAGGGAACUACACGUGCCAAGUGGAGAGCAGAUCCAGGAACCUGACCCAGUCAGGAAACACAUCUCGAGUUGUCAUCACAACAACAGAUUUAGCUGACAAGAAUGAAGAACAAGACAAGCAGCUGGGCAGCAGACUUGCUGCUGUUGGAGGCUGGGCUGGAGGCGGUGCUGCCAUCCUCUUGCUGCUGGUGGUGGUGGCAGGUAUCAUUAUGUGGAAGCGGAGAUCCAAAGUAAACGAAUCAGAGCCAGACACUUCUCCGGCCAAAAAACCUGGACUGCAUCCUCUAGCCAGCCAACGCAGCGAAGUGACAUACGCUGACCUCCACUUCCACAAAAGGGAAGUGCAACCAGAUGCUGAAGUCGUGUAUGCAGAAGUGAGAGCCCCUCAGAAACAGCAAGCCUGCAAAGACGCCAACCAGAUGCGACCGAAAGGCAAGCAGAGGAGAUGAGGCGGAACAGAGCGGGGAGACGGAUGGUUUUUCACAAUCCUCUGCAGGCCUGAGUUUUCGGAAGACCUCGAAUCUAGUUUCUGGAAAUAAGAAAGUCGCUGCGUCCCUCCCACUUCCUUCAGCCACACUGCUGAGCAGCUAAACUGACGAGUGACUCUUCAGGUGCUGUCCUGUAUCUUUGCCACUUCCCCUCCAUAUCCCAGCCUUCCAAAAAAAAUCAUGCAAGAAAAGGGCACAGCUGGGUCUGAAGAUACAAACCUCUCUUUGAAAAUCGGACGUCUCCCACAGAUCUAUAGGGUCAGACAGAAUCUAACUCUGGGACAUCAGCUGUAUUUAGAAGUAUGCACACCUGCCGUUAUGGGAUUAGAGAGGGGACUUGCAAUAAUCAUACCUGUUACAUGAGGGUCCUUCCCCACCUGGGGAUACUCAGGCAGGCUUCUGCACAGGUACAAUCUCCCGGCUGGAUCAGGACACACAGGUACAAUUCUGCAUCCACUCAGGCUCCUUAAAUCCAUGUGAAUCCUACCUACCUGUUGCACUUCUCCAGGACAAUGUACGAGAGAGGUGUGGAAGGCAAACCCUCAUUCUUCUACCUUGGUGGAGGGGGGACUCACGUCAGGGUGAUGGACACAUGGCUCGUUUGCUCAGGUUGGAGGCAACCGGGAAGCGGUUUUUGUUCCCACUUCCCCACCACUUCAUGCUAGUGGUUCUGUGAACAUCAUGGGUUUCCCAUCUUUCUUACAGUCUUCCCCAAACCUGCAUUGCCGCUAUGUUUUGAGAAACGUUGUAGCAAAGACACCUACCUGUGUGGACAAGAAAGGCUUGAUCUUCCUUGUUCCACCUCACAUCAGUGCCAUUUUCCCCUGCCUCUGUUGCCACCAGUCGAAACUUCCCAGCACCGACACAAGAGGUCUUUUUAAAAAUAAUCGGCAACUGCCAUACCGUUGCAGCACUAGAACAAUCUCAGGUUUUCUGAAUUCUCAGCUUUUGUUUUUAAAAAGCAGUUCCCUGGCCUUUGUUGCUGUGAAGAUAUGCCUGUAUGGCCACUGGGGCAGGGGAAAUGAAGGGCAAUUUACUAUGGGCCAAGCUAGAAGUGACGAAUUACACUAAUCACUAUGUGAUCGAGUGAAGCGCAAGUGGAACUCAAGUGAACAGGGAAGAAUAUGUGUGAGUCUGUUCACUUGCCAUUCAAGUGUAAUUCUUCCCUUCUGGCUUGGCCCUGAGAGCCAAGCUGCAAGUGACGCCUGACACAGGUUGGACCCUUGUCAGCUUCCCUCAAGUUUUGAUGGGAAAUGCUUGGCUUUCCAUUACAGCUGCAAGACAAGGACACCUACAUUUCCCAUCAGAAUUUGAGGAAACUUGACAAGGGUCCAACCUGUGUCAGGCAUCACUUGUAGCUUGGCUCUGAGUGGAAAGGAGAGGGGCGCGUGGUUCAGUAGCAGAACAUCUGCUUGGCAUGCAGAAACUCCCAGGGUCAAUCCCCAACCAUGUAGCAGGUGAUGGGAAAACCUCUCCUUGAGAUCCUGGAAGGACACCGCCAUUCUGAGUAGACAAUACUGACCUUGAUGAACCAGUGGUUUGAUUCACUGUGUGGCAGCUUCAUAUGUUCUUGUGUUCUGUGGCUGCGGCACUGUAUCAGCAGCCACAACAAGGAAAACAGACAAGCCUGUCUGUGCAUGGAAAGCACAUUCUAUCCAGAGAAACCCACAUCUACAGUCACUGGGGUGGGCGAGGGGAGGUGAUGGACCCAGAUGCCCUGUUAGGGGAUAUUCAGCUUCGGGCACCGGCAAUAUGUGGGUGAUGAUACUGGCCUACUUUGCAGGCCUGCUGUAAGAAUUACCGAGAUUACCCAUGAAGCACUUUGGAUAACUGCACAAUGCCAUUAUGUAAAACAAAUGACUUGAUAAACUAGGUGAAUGUUGUUAUCCGUCAACAUGUAUGGAAUGUGGUAUUAGCUACUUUUACCCCCCCCCCCAAAAAGAAACACCAAAUAAAAAUGGCACUUGUAGGUGUGGAUGCUCUGACACACUUGCCGAUCUGGGUCCACAACUAAAAAUAAACAUGUUUG